AUGGGUAACACUAAAAGAACUUGGAGGGCAGUCUCACAAGCCAUUGGUGAGGGGCAACCGAUCCUGAGGCUAUCAUGGAAAACAGAAAAUCCUGUUUGGGUUGAUCAGUGGCAGCUGUCAGCUGAAAAGAUCACCCAUCUCAAAACUCUCAUACAGGAGCAGUUGGAAAAAGGCCACAUCAAACCAGCAACCAGCCCCUGGAAUACCCCAGUGUUUAUCAUUCCAAAAAAAUCGGGUAAGUGGCAGUUGUUACAUGACCUUAGGAAAAUUAAUGAGGUUAUGGCCAACACGGGGACCGUACAGCCCGGCCUACCUUCACCAAACAUGAUUCCAGUGAAUUCGACAAUAUUGAUUAUAGAUUUAAAGGACUGCUUUUUUACGAUUCCACUGCAUCCAGAUGAUUAUCAAAAAUUUGCCUUUUUGGUGCCAUCAGUUAAUAAACAAGCAUCGAUGAAAAGGUACCACUGGGUGGUGUUGCCACAGGGAAUGAAAAUCACUAUGUGUCAAACGUAUGUGGCUUGGGCACUUGCUCCUGUACGACAGGCACACCCAGAAUUGGUUAUUUAUCACUAUACGGAUGAUAAAUUGAUUUCAGGAGAGAGACUGCAGCUUGACAAACUCAUGACAGAAAUAGAGGAGACCUUGAAAGAAAGAGGUCUUCAGAUAGCUCCUGAGAAAAUACAAACACGACCAGCCUGGAAAUAUCUCAGCUGGGAGAUUACCGAAACAACAGUGAGACCCCAGAAAAUAGAAAUAAAAUUUGAUGUAAAAUCCUUGAAUGACAUUCAAAAGGUAGUGGGAGAUUUAAACAGGGUAAGAGCAAUUUGCGGUCUUACCAAUUCGGAACUAGCCCCUUUAAUGAAACUGUUAAAGGGAGGAAGGGGUGCGGACGCACCUCAAGCAUUGACAGAAGAGGCAGAACAAACUUUAAAAACAAUAAGCAAAAAAGUCACUACAGGCACUACAGGGUAUACAUAUCACUGGGAUCCUGACUAUGAUAUUGGCCUUUUGCUUAUUAACCACAACCGUUAUCCUUCUGCACUGAUUAUUCAGUGGGUAAUGGAUAAUGACCCACUCCACAUCUCAGAGUGGACCUUCUUGUCCAUACAGCCAAAAGGAACCGCUACCACGCAGCUUGAGGCAUUUGCUCAGUUAAUAAAGAAGGGGAGACAGAGAAUUGUGGAAAUUGCAGGCACGGAGCCAGCGUUUAUUGUCAUACCAUUAGCAGCAGAAUAUUUACAAUGGGCUGUACAGAACUCAAUUGCCUUACAGGUGGCGCUUUUGGAGUUUCAGGGGGGAACUGAAGGUUCAUCUGCCUCCCCACCUAUUUUUUAG